AUGCGCUCCAAGACCCGCGCGGCCAACAACAGGAAGGAGGCGGCAAAAGGCGGCGGCGCGAAGCUACCUUCCGUGACCGACUACCUCGCGUCGCUGCCCAAGGAGAAGCAGAAGCGCGCUCAUGAGCUCCAGGAGGUGUUCGCGGCGUUCGACUCGACUGGAGAGGCAGACGGGUCGCUCCAGUUGGGCGAGCUGGGCGCGCUGAUGGCCUCCCUCGGCUCCAACCUCGAAGAAGCGGAGCUGAAGCAGCUGGUGGAGGAGCUCGACGUAAACAGCGACGGCGAGGUCUCGUUCGUCGAGUUCGCGAUGCACAUGCUCUCGGACGCGGAGGAGGAGCCAGCGGAGGAGGUCGCGGCGGCGAUCUUUGAUAUGGUGGACAGCGACCGGUCCGGCUCAGUAACGCUGAAGGAGUUGCAGGUUGCUUUUGCAGCGCUCAAUUCGGGCUUGACGGACGACGACACCACCGAGAUCAUGUCGCGCAUGGACACGGACGGCUCGGGCAGCGUGGACAAACCGGAGUUUGUCAAACUGCUCACCAGCAUCCUGGAGGAGUACGCGGCGGCGUGA